AUGGCUGCGCACUGGCGUGGCGUGUAUGAGAAGGCCAACUAUGAAAACCGGCACAGGUUCGAUCCGGAGUUUACGUGGACGGCAGAGGAGGAGAGGAGACUGGUUAGAAAGAUUGACCUCAGAAUCAUGCUGUGGGCUUGGAUCAUGUUUUGCGCUCUCGACCUUCAUCGACGAAACAUCAACCGUGCCAUCUCAGACAACAUGCUUCCAGAGGUUGGCAUGAACACGAAUGAUUUCAACUACGGACAAACGAUCUUCCUCGUUACUUUUCUCGCAGCCGAGCUGCCCAGCGGUCUGAUAAGCAAGCGAGUCGGUGCCGACGUCUGGAUCCCAUUCAUCAUGAUGAGCUGGUCCCUCAUUGCGGGCAGCCAAGCAUUCAUCCACAAUAGAUCAGCCUUUUUUGCUAUCAAGGCUCUUCUUGGCCUCUUCAUGGGCGGCUUCAUUCCCGAUAUUGUGCUUUGGCUCACCUACUUUUACAAGUCGAACGAACUUCCCGUCAGGUUGGCCUGGUUCUGGACUGCUUUGAGUACCGUCAACAUUGUCGGCUCCCUGAUUGCCUCUGGCGUUCUCCAGAUGAGAGGUAUUGCGGGCUGGGGCGGCUGGCGAUGGCUAUUUCUCAUUGAAGGCAUCCUGACACUCAUCAUUGGCACGUUCUCAUGGGUCCUCAUGCCACCCGGACCGUGCCAAACGCGAAACUGGUUCCGCGGCAAAGACGGAUGGUUCACUGAGCGUGAGGAGUCCAUCAUGGUCAAUCGGCUCUUGCGCGAUGAUCCCAGCAAAGGAGACAUGAACAAUCGACAAGCCGUCGGCCCCGUCCUCCUCCUAAAAGUCCUCAAAGACUGGGAGCAGUGGCCGCUCUACCUCCUCGGCCUCCUCGUCUACAUCCCGCCCAGCCCACCGAGCACAUAUCUGUCGUACAUUCUCCGCAACAUUGGCUUUUCCGUCUUCAAGGCCAAUCUGCUGACAAUCCCGUCCCAAUUCCUCUUCGCAGUUAACCUCGUCAUCAUAUCGUGGGUCUCGGAGCGUUUCAAGGAACGCGCAAUCAUCUCGUCCAUUUCCAACAUCUGGAUCUUCCCCUGGCUCGUCGCUCUGGUGACACUUGACGCAGAUUCGUCCCCAUGGAUACGAUACGCUCUUUUGACGGGCCUGCUCAGUUAUCCAUACUGCCACGCCAUCGUCGUCAGCUGGAACGCAAAGAACAGCAACGCCGUCCGGACGAGAGCCGUCAGCGCUGCCCUGUACAACAUGUUUGUGCAGAGCGGCAACAUCAUCUCGUCCAACAUCUACCGUGACGACGACCAGCCUCUGUACAGACGAGGCAACAAGAUUCUGCUGGCCAUCAACUGCUUCAACAUUGUUCUCUUUUAUGCGGUCAAGGUGUUUUAUAUCUGGCGGAACAAGGUCAGGGAGAGGAAGUGGAAUGCCAUGACGAAGGAGGAGCAAGAGGACUAUUCCCUCAACACCACGGAUGAGGGCAUGAAGCGUCUGGACUUUAGAUUUGUGCAUUAG